AUGACGCCCACAAAGCCAGGUGCUCAGCCCUCGGGUUCGAAUGACACGCCUCAGCGCAUCGUCGUCAAAUCCGUCAAUGGCCAUCAACCCAUCAAAGUGGAGGCGGUCUCGACGCCGAGUGCAUCUACGCUCCCUUCCACUCCACUCUCGUCCCCCACAAAAUUGACAGCCACUCCUUCGAGUCCGACCAAAUCUCCAGGGCGACCUCGUCGCGUGGAACCCAUCAUAGUCUCGUCCCGUGACUUUGGCCAGAGCGCUGGAGGCGACAGUGACGAGGAGUCAGACGACGGCGAACUGGACCUCAAACAAGGCAGCACCGUCAAGAGGCUCAGUCGCAAGAGCAAAGCAGACGCCAUCUCCGCCAUAUCGGGUAAAGAGUCUUCUCCCAUCGACAAUCCUUCCACGACAUCCGCCGACACCGCUCCAAACGGUCUCGUCGCCGUGCCCGGCAAUCCGGCAGCCCACCCGGCGCGCAAGAUGUUCCAGCAUCAGCCCUUCCCGCCUCUGGCCUUCGACAACUCCGAUCAAGCAUCCACAUCCACCCAGCCUGCAAUCCCCACCAGCGCAAGCACACCUCAUACCCUGCCGCCUCGGCUUCGUCCCAGACUGUUCGAGCUCGAUGAGGCGCCCACAUUUCGUCCCACGCUCGAAGAGUUUGCUGAUCCCAUGAGGUACAUCUCGUGGAUCGCCGACCCGCAAGGUGGCAACGGCAAGGCAUACGGUAUCGUCAAGAUCGUCCCGCCCGAAGGUUGGAAUCCCGAAUGCGUGCUCGAUGAGCAGACCUUCCGCUUCCGCACCCGUGUCCAGCGUCUCAACUCGCUCAGCGCGGAUGCUCGAGCUUCUCAGAAUUACCAGGAGCAACUCCAAAAGUUUCACGCCCAGCAGGGUCGCAAGCGUGUCUCGGUACCCGUCAUCGACGGCCGCUCGGUCGAUUUGUACCAACUCAAGCUCGUCAUCUCCAGCUUGGGCGGCUACGAUUCCGUCUGCCGCGGCCGAAAGUGGUCGGACGCUACUCGCAAGAUUGGCUACAGCGACAAGGACAGCGGUCAGCUGUCGACCCAAGUCAAAGCCGCAUACACGCGCAUCAUUUUGCCAUUCGAGGAGUUCCUGACUAAAGCCAAGGAGCAGUCGCGCGCCAACGGAGCCUCCACCAGUCCGCAUUUGGCUCAAAGUGCCACCAUGGGUGCGAAUUCCGCUUCCGACGUGCAAGAGAACGGCAUCAGUCACGCUUCAAUGUCGCCUAGCCUCGACACUUUCUCCAACGGCGAACGAGCGGCACAGUCCAAGACGCCCGAGCCUUUCACUGCCGCCGCCGCUACUGAGGCACUUGCCAAUGCCACCCCCGCUGUUGAGGCGGCAAACUCGCAAAGCCCAUCGGCCGUCGCAAGCACACGGCGCAGUGCGCGCAAGAGGUCCGAAGCAAACAGCAUGCCAGCAUCGUCGUCUCGAAACCCGUUGCAACUCGCUGCGAGCCCCGCUACACCGCUAGCAGCCCGUCGCAGAAAGGGGGUAAGCCCUCUUGUUGAGGCAGAACCGCACGUACGCACGCAAGCAGCUCAUCAGGGUCAAGAAGAGCAGAUGUGCGAGAUCUGCCUCCGCGGUGAGGACGGUCUCAACAUGCUACUCUGCGACGAAUGCAAUCGAGGCUACCACAUGUACUGUCUCCAGCCUGCGCUCACUUCCAUCCCCAAAUCGCAGUGGUUCUGUCCGCCGUGCCUGGUGGGUACCGGCCACGACUUUGGUUUCGACGAUGGAGAAACACACAGCCUCUACACCUUUUGGCAACGCGCCGAAGCCUUUAAGCGCGAAUGGUGGACUAAACGCCCCGAACGUCUUUGGAAGCCGGACGCGCAUGCCUUGACGCCAACCGAUACAGCCGAGCCCACGAAUGGCGUGGCUCGUGCUAUCCACGGCACGGAUCUCGUCGUGUCGGAGGAUGACGUCGAACGUGAGUUCUGGAGACUCGUGCACAGCCAGAAGGAAGAAGUCGAAGUCGAGUACGGUGCCGAUGUGCACUCGACAACACAUGGCAGCGCUCUGCCCACCCAAGAGACGCAUCCACUGAGCGCAUACUCACGCGACAAGUGGAACCUCAACAACCUGCCCAUCCUGCCCGGUUCGCUUCUACAAUACAUCAAGUCGGACAUCUCGGGCAUGACCGUGCCGUGGAUCUACGUCGGCAUGAUCUUCUCUACUUUUUGCUGGCACAACGAGGAUCACUAUACCUACUCGAUCAACUACCAGCACUGGGGCGAAACCAAGACGUGGUACGGCAUUCCGGGCGAAGACGCCGAAAAGUUCGAGAAUGCUAUGCGCAAGGCUGCUCCAGACCUUUUCGAGACGCUUCCGGACCUGCUCUUCCACCUCACUACAAUGAUGAGCCCCGAAAAGCUGAAAAAGGAAGGCGUGCGAGUGGUCGCGUGCGACCAACGCGCCAACGAAUUUGUCGUCACCUUCCCUAAGGCCUACCACAGCGGCUUCAAUCACGGCUUUAACCUGAACGAAGCGGUCAACUUUGCUCUCCCCGACUGGAUCUUUGAUGAUCUUGAGUCUUCGCGCAGGUACCAGCGCUUCCGCAAACCUGCCGUCUUUUCUCACGAUCAGCUGCUCAUCACAGUCUCUCAACAGAGUCAGACCAUCGAGACGGCGGUGUGGCUCGAGGCAGCCAUGCAAGAGAUGGUCGACCGCGAGAUUGCCAAGCGCAACGCACUUCGCGAGAUCAUCCCCGACCUCAAAGAAGAAAUCUACGACGAAGAUGUCGCCGAGACCGAGUAUAUCUGCUCCCACUGCACACUCUUUUGCUACCUGGGCCAGUUGACCAGUCCAAAAGCGGAUGGCGUCGCCUGUCUCGAUCACGGCUUCGAGGUGUGCAAUGCCGAUGCUCCCGUCAAGUGGACGCUGAAGCUCCGUUUCUCGGAUGACCAGCUUCGCGCCAUCCUUGCCAAGGUGUCCGAGAGGGCUGCCAUCCCUCGGAACUGGAUUCAGCGUCUCAAGAAGACGCUCGCGCUUGGUCCAAAUCCUCCGCUCAAGACGCUCAGAUCUCUGCUGCACGAAGGCGAGAAGAUUGCAUUCUCACUCGAGCCGCUCGAGGAUCUCAAGACCUUUGUCAACUGCGCCAACUCGUGGGUUGAGCGGGCCAACGUGUUUUUGGUGCGCAAGCUGCACAAGAGGCGUGGCGAGCCGGCAGCUGCAUCUGCCGGAAAGGGACGUCGAUCCAAGGGCGGGGCCGCGGGUGACGACAGUUUUUCCAGGAGGCAGAGUAUGGACGCUUCCGCUGACGAUGUGGAUUCCGCUGCCGAUCGAAGUCCAGAGGCUCUGUAUGCGUUGAUCGAGGAGCUCGACAGCCUUCACUUUGACGCGCCUGAGAUUGCUUCGCUUCGCACACUCGUGCAAGAGCUCGAAGAGUUCAAGGGCCGCUGCAACGACAUUUUACGGCAGAGGGACACAAAAGAGGCAAACCUCAAGGACUGCGAGAGCGUCUUGACGCUCGGCAGCUCUCUCAACGUCGACGCACCCCAGAUCAAGGAGUUGUCGGACUAUGUCGAACGCCGCAAGUGGGUCCACGAGGUCACGGAAGCCCGUGAUACGUAUCUGUAUUACCACGAGGUGCAGGAGCUGUUGGAGCGUGCCGAAGCCUGUGGUCUUGGAGAUCACGAGCUGCUCAACGACCUACAGCAAAGACGCGAUGCUGGCCAGCAAUGGACCGAACGCUCAAGACAAGUGCUCGAGGGCUCUACGCCCAUCACGGUGGGUUUGCUAGAGGAGCUCUCGGAAUCGUCCGCCGACGUCCCCGUCGUACUGGAGGUGGCGCAGGAUGUCAGCGCCGCGCUCGCAAAGGCCAAGGAGCUGCAAAAGAGCGCACAAACGCUGUAUAAAGGGUUGCAAGCGGGAGCUCAAGGCAACACUGUAGCCGACGUGGAUGGCGAUCUGUCGAUGAUCUCGGUCUCGGAGAACGGCGAAGCUGCGGAACGUAUGGCGCUGCUGCCCGAUGCGCGUCGCAUGCUGCGAGCGGUCAAGUCAAACGGCUUGGAGAUCGAACACGCGCAGGAGAUCGAGAAGGCCGUUCAGGUCUAUGACGCGUGGCGAGCUGCCUUCAAUCAGAUCAUGCAGACCAUGGUCAGUGGCACUCGCCGCCUCACGGACGCAGAUCGCGACGCUGAACUCGACAGGCUGGUAGAGCGUGUCGAGAAUGCUACGGAUCCCUCCGACGACCAACCUAGAGCCAGCUCACGCAACUGCAUCUGCAGGAGCUCCGUGCCCAUCGCCGUGCCAUCGUCAACGAGUGCAGAAUGCUGCCAUUGCCGCGUGCGAUACCAUCUCUCAUGCAUCAAGGUUCGCUCAUCCGAGGUCUCGCGCGCAGACGGCAAUUGGAAUUGUCCCUUCUGUCCCUGGUACGGCAACGCUGCCUUCCUCAAGACGCGCAAAGCAAUCAGCGUUACGGAGCUAUCGAAGCUCGUGUACGAUCAGGACCACCGACGAGACCAGUUCAAGUUCCUGCCCUUGGAGUGGGACGCCAUCGAGGAAGUGGUCGCCAAGGCCAAGCGCUUCGAAACGGCAGCGAAACGGAUGAUCAAGACGCUAUCUCUGAUGCGCAGAGAUCAGAAGGCAGCCAUCCUCGCGCACUGGUUGCGUCGGUCCAUCGCGUGCCCCAUCGAUGUCUUGGGUCCUGAAAAAGUAAACAUGCUCGACCUCAUCAGCGAAAAUCUGCUUGGCCUGGGUCCCGAGCCGGAGGACGGCCGAUCCUACACUCAGCUCGAGCGCACCAAGGCGGCGACGCCUACGCACUCCAACGACCGCAUCGAGCCAGCCGCGCCUGUGGCAAGCUCGACUCAACCAUCGGCUCCGGCGGAUCGCGAUUCUGGAUCUCCCGCGAUACGAGACGACCGCAAACGCAAGGCAAAGAGAGGCAAGCGUGCAAAGCUCGUCUUUCGCGAGGAGAUCGGCAUCGGUGCGUACCGCGAUCGUCAGCCCAUCUACUGUCUGUGCCACGAGCCCGAGAGUGGCCGCAUGAUCGCCUGCGACAAGUGCAUGCUGUGGUUCCACACGCAUUGUGUGUGCCUCGACGAUCCGCCUAACCUGGGCAACGAGCCUUGGAACUGCCCCAUGUGCUGCAUCAAGGCUGAGCGAAAGUAUCCUCAGGCUGAAGUGAGGGUCAAAGACAUUGGCGUCACCGAUCCGGAUCUGUGGCUCGACAUUCGCGCCACGCUGCGAUCGCUCGAAAAGCCGGUCAGCAAGGUGCAGUCGUGGAACAGCCCAGAGAACAAGCGCAUCGUGCUGCAUCUGGAAAAGUUCACGCCCGCGAUCCAUGCUGAGGAGGUGCACUCGCAGAUCAGCAAGCGGGCGCGUCUUGAGUCGGACACGCCAACCAAAGCGCGACCUUCUCUGGGCCCCUCUGAUUCCUUGUCUACGCCUGCCAGAGAGAGCGGAGCGCUCCCUUAUGCGCCCGCCCCUGUGCCCAGCGAAGCUGCUCGGGGUAUCAUACCCACCGCCCCGACGCCAGCGGGCCCGAGUCAAGCUGUCGAGAUGCCCGCAUCCAAGCCGGCAAAGAACGACGACGCGUAUGCAGCUGCUGCUUCACCGCCUCUGUGGGACGCGAAGACCGGACCGUCACAUGGCAAUCCCAGCCUCGACUGGGCACAGGCAGCGCGGCGACGAAACGCCGAUGGCAUGGACAACCUCUAUCGACGUGGCAUCACGGACACGAUGCUCAUGCGAUUCUACGUCGGCUGGAAUGGCCGCUCGCUCGUGCACCCUCUGCGCGAUGCGGCAGGCAACGUUACCGAGAUUGCUCUGGGCGAGGCGAUCCGUUUGCAUGCCGAAGAUCCCGAGGGUGUGCGCGUGAUUCGUGCCGCCAUCGACCGCCACAACACGAGGAUGGAGCGCUCGGCCCCAGCCCCGGUCCCUGCUCCCGCUCCAGCUCUUUCCCAGACGCACCAUGCAUAUGGCAGCGACAUGGACGAGCACGUAUAUUCUCGCAGCGCUUACGCGCGUGACGAUGGACAAUAUGCAUCUCAGCGACGCGAUCCUCCCAUCGUACCGUCCAAUGGCAGAUUUGAUAUGAGGUCGCCUGCGAUGAUUCCGUCGCAGCGACUCGGCACCGACCGCGACUAUGAACGCGAACGCGAAAGGGAUCUUCACGACGUACUUGACGGUCGUGAUGGCCGGGAUCCGCGCUUUGGCGAUUCGCUGCGUUCUCCAGCUGGUGGUGGUGGUGGCGGCGGUGUCCUGAGCACCUCGCCGGCGCUCCGAGCCAAUGUGGCACGCGACGGCCUGCCGACGUAUGCUCGAAGCUCUGUCGACGCGCCGACAGCUGGGAGUCCAUAUGCAGGCGUUGCUGCCCCUUCGCACAACCUUCACGCAACGUCUGACAGAUUGCCGCCGUACCAUGUCGGUCGCAGCUCGACGGAUGGUGUGCGAGGUCCGCCUUCGCCCAUGCCAACGUACUCUUCUUCUGCAAAAGCCUCGCCUUUUGCAAGUGCUUCUACCCCAGCGCUGGCAAACUUGCCACUCGACCCGGCGAUGAUGGCAGACGAUGCUGCCGGUCAGAUUGAUCCCGACCUGACCAGGAGUCCUCUCCCCGCUUCUGCUUCCGCUUCCGCCUCAGCACCGGUGUCUGACGCCGCACCGCCUGCACUGGCUACAACUCCAAUUGCCGCACGCGAGGCACAGAGUCCCAUGCCCGGUGGCGCAAAACAUGGCUCCGAGAUCACCAAGGCACCUACUUUCCUCAGCGGCAGCAGCAGCAGCAGUAACGGUGUUGAGAUCAAGAAGGAGCAGCAGCAGGACAGGCAGGACUUCGAGACGGUCCGCGAACAAGCAAGGCAGAUGGCACGGCGCAUGCGACCCGAUGCAUCUGAGGCCGAGAUCGAACGGCUGGUGCAGAAUUUUAUCGGUGGUGGAGAGUCGGUCUGA